AGAGAGUGUGGAUGGAUGCUAUCUGUUUGUUUGUCCUCCUUCCGUCGUUUUGACGCUCACGGGGGACAAUUAGAAUCCGCAACGGUCAACGUCCGCCGCCGCACGCCCCACGUGACCAAGCGGGGCGAAGGGGGCGGAGCUGCGUGACGCGUGCGGUUGUGUACCGUGGAACGCGGAGUUCGGCUCGCACCGAGGGGAGCGGGAAUAACGCAGAACGUCCCGACCCGCCCGCGAGCUUCCCUCUCGGCCCCGUAGAGCUGCUGUGAGAGGCUGUCACAGAGUAACGCAGCAGGAGAGGAGAUGAGCACCAAGAGGAAGGCGGAGAGUCACUCAAGGGCAUCAAACCGGCCGCGCCUCAUGAAGCCUGGAGGAACGCUGGCGGAAGCAGAGAGAGACUCCGGCUUCUCAGAUGCGAGUUCGGAGCACCUGAGCACGAUGGACAACACGGACUCUGAGGAUUCAUCCCGGCCCGCUGUGCGCAAGGGACCGCAGACGGCCCCGUCCUCUCAGUUGGCUGUGGUGGGAGGCUCCAUCUCCAACCUCUCUCCCAUGAUCAUCAUGAACAACGUCGUCCUCAAGCAGCCUCGAGAUAAUUCUCCGGCUCUGACGCCCUGGAGGUUCAGUCCCACGGUGGAGGUGGUCCAGCCGGUGGUCCCGCAGCCUCAGGUGGUCUUUCUUCAGCCUGUGGUCUCUCGUCAAGCCUCUCCUGCCUCCAAAGAGGCCUCCUCGAGACACAGACGGCCUAAGAAGUAUCUUCCAAUCCUGAAAUCCUACCCCAAGAUCGCUCCACACCCUGGAGACAGCUCGAGUUCCUCAGGAAGAGGAACUGCUUCCUCAUCCACCUCCUGCUCUACCUCGUCUUCUUUCCACUCCUCCUCCUCUUCUUCCGGGUCCGAGCGGGGAAGCAGUUUGACCUCCAACAGCCGGGACCACUGUCAGAGGGAGAAGCAGAAGAGGAAUCUGAGUGGUGGUGCUGGUAACUCCAGCUCCACCAGUCCCGGUGUGCCAGCUCCACCCAGCACCGCCUCUCUUCUGCUCCAGAGACGGACGACAGAAACCGGUCCUGCCAGCGAGAGGUCUUCAUCGGUUCUCAGCCAGGCCGAGAUUUCCGUGUCUGUUACUCAAGGCGCCGACCUCGUCCCCCGGGCGGCGCCCGAGGAGAUCCGCUCACCGGGGGAAUGUAAACACGGCGACGGCGGUGUGGAAACAAAGAGGAAGCGCUUCUGCAACACCUACAACAUCCUGAGCCAAUCCGGCCUGCUCGACAUCGCGCUGCGCACCAAGGAGCUGCACAGGCAGAACCGGCGCAGCCAGAGCGACCUGAACCGCCUAAGAGAACACACGGACCUGUUCCUCCAGGCCCUGUGCAGCGGGGACACCGGCAUCUGGGUCAAGCUGGAGGCCGCCCUGCAGGAGGAAGAGCGAGAGGAAGGCAGGGAGAGAGACGCUCAAACCAGCUUAAAGGCAGAUUAGACCGAGACUCGUGCUGCGCAGUAAUCCUUUAGAUUGGGGGAGGACGCCAUGUUUUUGGGGGGUCGUGGGGAGUGUAUUGAGACAAAUGGACCGAAAGUAAUGUGCUUCGCCACACACACAACCCCCCCCCCCACAGUCAGUGCUCCGUGGCCCACAUUGUGGCUGCCUCGGGGUCCUGACACACCGAGCCAACCUCAGCGAAUGGGUGCAGAUAAAGGCUUUUUGUUGCCUCGUGUCGACUGUUGAAAGUUGCACUCUAACUCUGUUUAGCUGGUAGACUGCUGACCGCCAACGUGCUGCAGCAGUCUGAGAGGUGACGAACUAGUCGGCUCUCUCUCCGUGAUCCAACAAACGUCACGGAAAGAGAGACGGAGCAAACCGAUUUGCUAUGGAAUUUGUGAAAAGGCUCAGGAGUCACAGUGAGGGUAAAUCAAUUAGUACACUUUAAUGUACCCGUUCAUUGAGGAGUAACAAAUGCAGGUUCAAAAGGGGAAGACGCCACCUCGUACCCUCCAAUGCAUCCGUCACAUAUUCAAACACCGGGGAGACGGUGGACUCGUGUCAGCGUGGAAGGACGCUCUGCUGACACUCUUGGGGUGUCGGUGGUCCACGGUGAAACUGAGACCGAGCCACAGCUCACUGACCCCGUCGCUUCCGACGACGUGCUUCCAAAUCUUUUGCUCAUCUUCAAGUCAAGACCCCGAGAGAUCUGGAUCCAAAGCGCGAAGCAGCAAACAAACACAGAACACUUCAACAACUGAAAGCACAAGAGCAGGAAUCCUAGAGAUUAAACAACAGCACUUGAUAUGGUUACUUUUAACGAUUCUCAUCUACCGCCGACCAGCAGCCAGCUACGGUGGUUCUGUUUUCACUCAUACACCCACACGCUGUGCACAUAGUAUGAAUUACUUUAUUCGGCUGUUACAGUAUCAAUGUACAGUUAACGAUUCAUGACGAGCCUCAAGUAAAUGUUCUGACGUCACAUAGAACGUGUCCGCGGUUUGUUGCUGGUCAGCGUGGUUUUAAAUGGGACAACACGUACCUGAAGUGUCUUCUUUUUAUUUUUUAGUUUAGUUUAGUUAGUUCUUGCGGCAUUUUCCAACUGAAUGUGAUCGAUUUAGCGCGUUACGUCGAUGACUUCAAGCUCAACAUUCCCAUCAUGUUGAUGGCAGCUGUGUCACAGGACAAAUUGAAUGGAAGUAAAGCACGUUUUCCAACAAAGCCGCAGUGUAAAGGUCGCUUCCUAGAGUUGGUUUAAUGUUUUUUCAUAGACUCAUGGAUGUGGCAAUACUGUCUAAUUAAGUGCAGACCUUUUCUGUCUUAAAUAUCUGUCUUUUCUUUUUUGUGAACUUUUUUUAAUCCACUCAGUCAGUUUUCUUGAUGAAGCUUGACUCCGGCCUUGAGUCCAGCUUUUUAUUCUAUACUUUUAUUGGAAAAAAGAAACUUUUCUGAUCAUAUUGUACAAAUGAUGAACAGGAACGACAGCUGUGUGAUGCUCAACGUGAACUUUUAACAUAUUUACAAGUUAUGGCCUUAAUAUCCAAAACCGAUGCAAAGAUGCAGAAGUCAUACAAGUUUGCAUUUGCAUUAAAAUAAUCUGUGAGCAGCUCUGAAGCAAUUACCUACAGAAAAUAACGGCAGCUACAGUAGCCCCCCCACUUUGAGGCCGGCUGCUAGUUUUACUUCUUUAAAUCAUUGCUUAACGUGCACGGAGAGGCAUCAUGAGCAGCACACGCUAUUCCUACAGGACACACAUGCGUCACACCGACAAUAGCAGAUUGUCUUAUUAUCAGUCGUUUUCUUCGUAUUAAAAAUGUUUUUGAAU